AGCCCCAGCCAGAGCCGGCACCAGCGGUGCCGGAACGGCUGACCCCCGCCGCGGAGGCGCCGGAGCCCAGGCCGGUGAAGGCAAGGUCCCUGGACUGGUCAGACGCCCCCUUGUAGCCCUGGUAGAAUCAAGAUGAGGCCCCAUCAUGCCUCCUCACUGAGGCCUGUAGCCUGAGCAGAUAGCAUGGCCUGCCACUGGAGGUGAACACCAUGGCUACAGGAGGUGGCCGGGCCUUUGCUUGGCAGGUGUUCCCACCAAUGCCCACCUGCCGGGUGUAUGGCACGGUGGCAUACCAGGAUGGGCACCUGUUAGUGUUAGGGGGCUGUGGCCGGGCUGGACUGCCCCUGGACACUGCUGAGACACUGGAUAUGGCCUCACAUACAUGGCUGGCACUGGCGCCCCUGCCCACUGCCCGGGCUGGCGCAGCUGCGGUGGUGCUGGGCAAGCAGGUACUAGUGAUGGGCGGUGUGGAUGAGGGCCAGAGCCCAGUAGCUGCUGUGGAGGCCUUCCUGGCUGAUGAGGGCCGCUGGGAGCGUCGGGCCACCCUCCCUCAGGCAGCCAUGGGGGUUGCGACUGUGGAGAGAGAUGGUAUGGUGUAUGCCCUGGGGGGAAUGGGCCCCGACACGGCCCCCCAGGCCCAGGUUCGGGUGUAUGAGCCCCGCCGGGAUUGCUGGCUUUCGCUACCCUCCAUGCCCACACCCUGCUAUGGGGCCUCCACCUUCCUGCACGGGAACAAGAUCUAUGUCCUGGGGGGCCGCCAGGGCAAGCUCCCAGUGACUGCUUUUGAGGCCUUUGAUCUGGAGGCCCGUACCUGGACCCGGCACCCAAGCCUGCCCAGCCGCCGGGCCUUUGCAGGCUGCGCCAUGGCCGAAGGCAGCGUCUUUAGCCUGGGUGGCCUGCAGCAGCCCGGGCCCCACAAUUUCUACUCCCGCCCACACUUUGUCAACACUGUGGAGAUGUUCGACCUGGAGCAUGGGUCCUGGACCAAGAUGCCCCGCAGCCUGCGCAUGAGGGAUAAGAGGGCCGACUUUGUGGUUGGCUCCCUUGGGGGCCACAUCGUGGCCAUUGGGGGCCUUGGAAACCAGCCGUGCCCUCUGGGCUCUGUGGAGGGCUUCAGCCUUGCACGGCGGCGCUGGGAGGCACUGCCUGCCAUACCUACGGCCCGCUGCUCCUGUUCUAGUCUGCAGGCUGGGCACCAGCUGUUUGUCAUCGGGGGUGUGGCCCAGGGUCCCAGCCAAGCUGUGGAGGCACUGUGUCUGCGUGAUGGGGUCUGAAUGCUUCAUGAGACUUGUCCACUGGAGCAGCUCAGUGCCAGAGGCAAAUGUCUGUGGCUCCUUUUGCUGCUGAGGGAGCUCACUGUGGCUCUGUGGAAUGGAGGAGGCACAGGGAUGGGCACUUGAGACACUGCCUCUGGGACUUGGGGGGGGCCUCCGUCUUUAGCGCAGGAUGCACAUACGCUUACACCUAACUUUACCCUCAUUCAUUCAUGGAUCAUUCUUAGCUCCACUCUUGCUCUGGAACCUACUGGGCCCUCUGUCCAACUGGGAAGUAGGGGUAGGGGAGAGCUGGCCUCAUGCCCCUCAGGGUCGGUGCCUACCUGGAGUUGACCAGGCCUACCCCAAUGUCUGUUCCUGAAAAAGCGUAGCUGCUAGCCUGCCUUGAAGGUCCCUGUGGACCCAGGAGAGUUCAGAGAGGGUGGGGGACACAGAGGGAAUGGAGGAGUGGAUGCAGGAACCUCCAGAGGGCCAGAGGAAUGUAGGCUUUGGGCCCUUUACACUGCUGGCUGUGUGACCUUGGGCAAGUCAUUUCACCUCUCUGUGCCUCAGCAUCCUCAUCUGUAAAUGGGGAUCUCUGAAACCUUCCUGCCCUACCUACCUCACAAGGCUGUUGUGAGGACCCAGGGAGUUCAGAUGUGGAAGUAAAAGUGCUGCUGAAAUCUGGUGUAUGGCCCCUGGUAUGGACUCUUGUGUUGUCCCUGAAGCCCCUGACCCUCCUUCGGAGGCCUCAACUGUCCCAAGGAUGAGGGUCCAGAGGAGCCUUUUGGAUCUGGCCUCUGCCUUCAAAGUGUUCUGAAGCCCCACCAAAGUGUCUCAGCCCCACCUAAGCCUCAGCUUCUCUUUUGUGACAUAGGAUGACCGCCGGCCCUCACUGUCUAACAUCUAGGACAGAUGUUAGAGGGCACUCACAGGAUGACCAGAGAAGAGCUCAGAAAACUACAGAACACCACAGGGUCAGGAUGACCUGCAGGUACAUGUCACACAGCAUCUCCUCAAAGCCUCUGCUCACCUCCAUAGAGAGGGGUGGUCCAGUGGGGCUGUGGCCAGAGUAGUCUCCCUCUGUCCUAGCUGUGGGGAAGCUGUCUCUUAGGCAGCACUGUAUGGCCACCCACCAGACCCCUAGAGGCAGUAGCCUCCCAGAGAAAACAAAGCUGCCAGCUCUUGCCUCUUCCUCCAGUCUUUGCUGCCCACUAGUAGGAGCCAUUGACUCUGCUUUCCCUGCAGCCACACUGAGUGCAAGGGGCUCACAGCUGGGUUUGCUGUAAGAAUGGAUUUGGGGUCCUGGACCCACCUGCUGUGGCCAUGCUAACCCUCCUGGAUCCUUAGCAUCCUGCAGGCCUUCCCACUUCUCACUCAGUGGCAGGGUUCCCAGGGCAGCACCUCCCCUGCCCAGCACACAGGCACCAUGAGCACAAGCACCAUGGGAGCCAGGCACAGGGCCUAGCAGUGCCUUACUGCUCUCCAGCCUCUGAGACCUCUUGGGCUGCAAGCACGGAGAGGCCACUGGGUCAGCUGUCCUUGUUUAAUGCUCUGGACCAGUUUAGACACUCAGAGACCCCAGCAUGAAGGUAAUGCUGCAGCACCUUGGGUCUUGGGAUCCCCGGGAGUUCAGGCAGU